GCAUGUACCCGAUGUUACAAAGUAAUUCAAGUGGACGCUCCGAUGGAUGGGGUUCUCAACAGACGUUACACUACAACAAAAAACACCUCAAAACUUCGAGAUUGUUUCAAGAGAGCAGAGAUGACCAGCCUAUCCGAUACCACUUGGUGCAUGAUUUGUUGUAUCCAUAUAACCCUAUUGUGAGACCUGUAUAUGAUCCACAUACAGUAACCCAGCUAGAAAUGCAACUCUACGUAUCACAGGUAUUAGAAAUGGUAUUAGAAAUGCUAUGGGAAGACGAGAUGCUGUCAUGGAACGAGUCAGAAUAUGGAGGAACACGCAGUCUCAAGAUACCCUCAGAUCUAAUAUGGCUACCGGAAGUCGUGCUAUAUAAUAAUGCCGAUGACAAGUACGACAGUUUCGUGAAAGAACAAAUUGCGGUGAUAUAUUCUAAUGGUGACGUCAUGUGGGCGGCGCCGGUAAUAUUCCUGAGCAACUGCCAGGUUGAUGUGACCUACUUCCCGUUUGACAGUCAACAGUGUCAAUUGAAGUUUGGGCCAUGGCAAUAUGAUGGCAAUGAGUUGAAAGUAAACGGUACAGGGGAUGCUAGUGUGUUUACCAGUGACGGGGAGUGGGACAUGCUGGGACUGAUUGCCACCAGCAAUGUCGAAUAUUAUCCAGAUCAUCCAGGUGUUCCAUAUUAUGACGUCACCUACACGUUAUACAUACGACGUCGCCCAGUUUACUUCAUUUUUAACUUGAUUGUUCCCUGUGUGAUACUGGCUGCUUUAUCUUCCUUGACGUUUUUAUUGCCACCGGAAUCUGGUGAAAAGAUCAGUUAUGGUAUAUCAGUGCUGUUGGCAUUAACAGUGUUUUUACUGUUAAUGGCAGAAUCUCUACCGCCCUCCAGUGUUAUACCGUUAGUUGGUCAGUAUCACGCCGCCACAGUAGUCUUGGUAACAAUGUCGCUGAUUACUUCAGUAAUAGUUAUCAAUACGCAUCAUCGUGGGGGCGCUGGUGAUCCUCUGCCGCCAUGGAUGCGUAGGUUUAUACUUGGUUAUAUGAGUAAAAUCGUCUUCUUUAAAUACAAAGAUCUUAGGCAGCCUCGUUCCAGGAAACUAAAUCUUAACAGUGGAAGAAGUCCUUCUUGUCUUAGAUACAUCGAAUGCAAUAACGAUCGGCAGUCUAAUGGCGUGUCGAAUAACCCCGACAACAAAGGUCAGCAAAUGUCACAGCGCGAUUCGCCCACAAUGCGACUAUUGGUCAAAGAAGUUCGUAAAAUUGCAACAUUUUUGGAAGACAAUAAAAAAGACGACGAGAUGAAACACGAAUGGAUGACAGCAGCAGUGGUGCUUGAUAGGUUCUUUCUUAUGUUGUACAUCUGUGCCAGUAUCUCUACUGUAUUGGUCAUAGCUGCCCGCGUAGACUGGACAAGUAUGCUUUGA